AAAUCGUGUGAACAAUGGCUCUUGUUUUCGAGAAGUCACGUAACCGAGAUAUUCUUUCAUUCUUCAGCCGGACUUCUCACCGUACAGCAGUCACGACUUACUCGAAACAGAAUUUUGGCGCAACUCCGUCGGGCCUUUUUUUCUUCCUGAAAGGCGGUAAGGAGCGGUAGAGAAUUAAUUACGACCCGGCCAGUGAGAGAUCGAGUAUGGAAAAGGCGCCUGAAAAUAAAGAGGUGCCAGUGUCGAAAGUGGAGACGAGCUGGGUCACCGUCCUUUUCCAGAUCUACAUCCAUACAUGCGCGUUAUACGGGUUGUACUAUGUAUUCGUAGCAGCAUCGAUAAAAACUACUCUUUUCUGCCUGUUUCUAGUCUUUUUGGGAACUCUAGGACUCACUUUGGGCUGCCACAGGCUAUGGGCUCAUCGUACCUACAAAGCUCACUGGGCGUUAAGAACCUUCCUCGCCGCAUGCCAUCUUCUCGCUUGCAAUGGUUCAAUCCACAACUGGGCCGUAGACCACAGGGUCCACCACGCAAAGCACGGGACACCGCUCGAUAGGUACAAUUACAAAAACGGCUUCUUUUUUUGCCACUUUGCCUCACGAUGCUUAGAAUCCAAUGCAGAUAUAGAGAGGCUAAAAAGGCAUACAGACAUUACGGACCUUGAGGAAGACCAAGUUGUCUAUUAUCAAAAUUGGCUAUACUAUAUUCUAAUGCCAAUAUUUGGGCUCUUGCUUCCAAUCAAUGCCCCAAUGGAAUAUUGGGGAGAGUCAGCGGCUGUUAGCUUUUUCGUCAUAGGGUUUUUAAGGAUCGUCCUGAUCCUGCACGCAUCCUGGUUUAUCAACAGCGCCUUCCUGGUGUGGGGGCUCGACCCUUCUGACAGGAAAUCGGGAGACACUUGGCUUGUUUUCUUCGUGACAAAGAGCCUCUGGCCGCAGUACCACUACCUCCUCCCUUGGGAUUAUAGAUCCGGAGAGUACGGCACGUACGACCAGGGCGUUUCCACUUCGAUCCUCAGGGUUUUCGCCGCCCUGGGAUGGGCCAAAGAUCUCACCACCAUUUCAAGCAACGGCGUAAAAGAAGCUUUGUGCAAAUCUGUCGAAACGAACCGGCCUUUGAAAGAAUGUCUCGACGACGCUAAACAAAUUUUACCGGAUAUUUUAAUCCAAGAUCCAGCUAACUAUUAACCAUUACAUUAAUGUGAAAAAGCAAAAACUAAUGUUUUUAUUAAAUUAUUAUUACUGAAGUUCUAAUAAAUGAGUUAGAAGUUAA